AUUUGCUUUUAGGUCUCUCAAAUCAAAGGUUCUCUCUUCAUCUCUGUCUCUUUCUCAGAAAUCAGCUGCAGGAGUGAAUCGUGAAGCGAGUUUUGGAGGAUCUGUUUUGAGGGUUUUUUUGUUUCUUAGGAUUGGAUCUAAGGAGUUUGUUGAGAAAUGGCUUCGAAACGGAUCUUGAAAGAGCUCAAGGAUCUUCAGAAGGAUCCUCCAACCUCCUGCAGUGCUGGCCCUGUUGCGGAAGACAUGUUUCAUUGGCAAGCUACGAUCAUGGGUCCGUCCGAGAGUCCUUAUUCAGGCGGUGUCUUUCUCGUGACCAUUCACUUCCCUCCGGAUUAUCCCUUCAAACCACCAAAGGUUGCGUUUAGGACCAAAGUGUUUCAUCCUAAUGUCAACAGCAACGGGAGCAUUUGCCUCGACAUCCUGAAAGAACAAUGGAGCCCUGCACUCACCAUAUCAAAGGUGUUGCUUUCGAUCUGUUCAUUGUUAACGGACCCAAACCCAGAUGAUCCUUUGGUUCCUGAGAUUGCUCACAUGUACAAAACCGACAGAGCCAAGUAUGAGUCUACUGCCCGAAGCUGGACUCAGAAGUAUGCAAUGGGAUGAAGUUUGAUCCCUGAAGACUCGGUUUUAAGAGAGGGAGAGAGAAAGAGAGAGAGAGGACUUCUUUCACAUAGGAUCUUCCAUGAAAUAAGUUAGAUUCCUAUGCUUGAUCUCCUUGUUUCAAACAUCUUUGAUGCAAACAAAAAAAAAAAAAAAAACACAUUUCGUCUCCUCUUUUAUCCCUUUGUUUCAUUUCUUUGUUUUUCAUGCAACUACUAAGAAAAGUAUUAUGUAAAGCUGGACGAAGUUAAGAAAAAAAAAAUGAACUAUUUUGAAA